AUGGCGUCUUCUUCUCUAUCACACCUUUGCAGCUGCACCUCUUCUCUGCAUCAUCCUCUCUCACAUUCUAUUUCGGCUAACUUAACCUCCAAAACAAAUCUUUCCUUUCAGUUUCUUGCAAACAGACAGUCCCCACUUCUCUCCUCAACCCCGAGAUCUCUCACCGUUAUCGCCGGCGCCACGGCUCCGUCGAAACUUAGAGGCAAAACCAAAAAAGUGGUUGGAAUUGUAAAAAUGAAUGUAUGGGCCGGAAAAGCAACUUUGGCGCCGCCGGACCAGAGCUUCACUUUUAUCCUCAAGACCCCUCCUACUUCGUUUUUGUUGCUUAAGGCUGCAGGUGUUAAGAAGGGAUCAAAAGAUCCAAAGCAAAUUAAAGUUGGGAUGAUAACAAUAGACCAAGUGCGCAAAAUUGCAGAAGUAAAGCUGCCUGAGCUGAAUUGCACAACAAUUGUAUCCACUAUGAGAACCAUUGCAGGAACUGCGGGUAACAUGGGGAUAGACAUUGACCCUCCUAUUCUUGAACCUAAAAACAAAGUAGCUUUGUUGUAA